AUGGCACUUGCGAAACUCUUUAAACCUGACAAAACCCCGCCUACCCCUCUCGAGGAGGAGAUAGCACACACCCUUGUGGAGCUUCAGUCAUCUGAGACCAUGUCGGAGUCUAUUAAGAUGCUGUACUUCUGCGGCGCCAAGGAAUUUAUGAUAGGGCACGAAAGAGCCAUUGUCAUUUAUGUUCCUGUUCCUCAGCUGAGAACAUACCACCAACUUCACAACCGUCUGGUGGGCGAGCUUGAAAAGAAGCUUCGUGGCGCUCAGGUUUUCAUCUGUGCUUUCAGACGGAUUUUGCCUAAGCCACGUCGAAAGUGCAAGACGAACCCAAAACAGAAGAGGCCACGCAACCGGACGCUCACCUCAGUGCAUCAGUCCAUCCUAACCGAUAUCGUUUUCCCCGCAGAAAUCGUUGGCAAGCGCACACAAGUGAGAGUUGAUGGUAGUUCCUUGAUUAAAUGCCACCUUGAUAUCGCCCAGAGGAAUUAUGUUGAACACAAGUUGAAGACCAUCACUGGGCUUUACAAGAAGCUUUCUGGGAAGGAUGUGCAGAUUGAAUUCCCCGAAUGGGUACUGUAA